AUGUCAUCCAAAGAGUCAAAGCCCCAAGAGGCGCAAGAAAAGCACGACGCUGAGUCGACCAUCAAACGGAACCCCCAUGGAGAUUUCGGCAAAGUCCAAGCGUCCCGCCCUGAUUGGGAGGAAUCGAGUCAGUGGCACUUCACCAAGACCAAAAAUCCAAAGUGGAAUUACGGAGAAGGAGCGAGCGACAAGUCCGGCCAGUCCACGUCGCACGUUUCGAUUGAUCCGUAUGCCGAAGGCAGACAGCCGGUAUUGAACUACAAGUUGCUCAUUUCUGGUAUCAUCCCUCGACCCAUUGGCUUCUUGUCGACCAAGUCCAAGGACGGCACUUCAACCAAUCUAGCGCCGUUCAGCUAUACUCAGGUGUUCAAUCAUGAUCCACCGAUCUUUGGGGUCGGGUUCAGUGGUGGCUUUGAUAAUGCAAAGGAUACCCUGAAGAAUCUGGUGGAUAGUGGAGAAUGUGUCAUCAACAUCAUCAGCGAAGACUAUGUGGAAGCUGCCAAUUCCUGCGCAAUUGACCUCCCAUACGGCCAGUCGGAGUGGUCGGUGUCGGGCCUGACACCGGAAGACAGCAAAGUCGUGGCCGCGUCGAGGGUCAAAGAGGCUGUGUUCAGUGUCGAAGGCAAGCUGCUGAACACGCAGGAGUUUGAAUCGAGGGCUACUCCGGGGAAGAAAACCGGUGUUUUGGCCGUCAUUGAAGGAGUCCAUUUCUGGGUGCGAGAAGACGCCAUCAACGAAGAUCGAAGCUUGAUUGCGCCCGAGAUUUUGAGGCCGAUUGCUAGAUUGGGAGGCAUUACGUAUGCCCGUGUCACGGAGGGGUUCGAGAUUCCAAGGCCAGUGCUUAAGCAGGAGAAAGAGCAAGGGAAGAUUUCAGGUGAACUGAUCAAGCCCAAGGUAGACGGACAGUAG